GUGCGGUUUGUCAUCCAGCUUAUCGUCCGCGCGCUCUGUUUGUUUUAAAGCCUAUCGCCAUUCGUCGGAUGAAUUCUAAUCAUCCUGACUCCAAUCCUGACUCCGACCUUUCUUUGCCUGGCGACAAAGAAGGAUCACUGCACUCCCACAAUGCAGACACCAACAAAGCACUUCAUGUUACUGCAUCUUCAACAACCCCUUCGAACGUGACAAGCAAUGCGAAGGAGCCCGAGAUAGGAGAAAAACGCAGCGGGGAAGAACAUAAUCCCAGUGAUACUCACGAAAGGGUAUUGAAAAAGCCCAAAGUUACUGAAAACUUGACAGUGGUGCUGGCAAGUUUCAUACCACAUAAUUCUGCUACGUUUCCUUCAUUUUUCGCGUUUCUCUUUGUUAUCAUACCACAGACUAAUGAUAUCGCAGGUCAAGAUGGUGUUAUCACCAUAGACCCUGCUCUCCAAACCCAGACCCAAACCGGCGCACCAGCCUCCAUUUCUUCAUCUCUUUCCUCCAAUCCAUACGCCAUAUAUCUCACUAAUAACCGUGGUAGCACAGGCGCAGCCCCAGUCUAUCCUCAAUUUGUCAAUCCUUACUAUUUUCUUACUCUUCCGCCAGGGGCAAUGUCCAUGCCUCCACAUAUGCAUCACGGUAUGCCGAUGAUGCCACCGAUGUAUGCUUAUCCUCCGCAUGUACCAGUACCAGUACCGAUCCCGCGACCUCAACCUGCUGUGUCGCCGUCUGCCCCACUCCUAUCGUCUACGGGGAGUUUGCCUGAAUCUACAAUGAGCCCCGCACAAUUACAAACCGAAGCACCUCCGGCGGCCGACAGUAGCGUUGAACAGGAGACAACAAACCAGCCUUCCUCAUCCUCCUCAAAGCCGAGACGUCUUAAAUCACACGCCGUCGUAUCCAAACACCACAGCAUCCCUACAAUUCCUCGGGACAAACAUGGACAGCCGAUGCUUCCUCUCAAUGUCGGAAUCAUGACCGUGGUCUCCUUGGGGACUAUUUGUCUCAGAGACCAUUUCCAUUCUGAACGAUAUAUUUUUCCCGUUGGAUACACCGUCACGCGGCGUUAUCUAUCUACACUCGAUCCCAACUCUGACGUCGUCUACCACUGCACCAUCCUUGACGGCGGGGACGGACCUAAAUUUCAGAUCGUUCCUGCAGACGAUCCAGAUAAACCGAUCAUGGCGUCUACUGCAACGGGGGCGUGGAGCUCGAUUGUGAAAAAGGCGAAUGAAAUCAGGAAAAGACAGCAUAGUAAUUCUGUUUCGGGCCCGGAUUUCUUUGGUUUGGGUCAAAAUACGAUUCGUCAUCUGAUUCAACAGAUGCCAGGGGCUGAGAGGUUGGCGAAGAGAGGAACUAGGACAGGUGAGCCGGAGAAGGAGAAGGAGCAAGAGGAUGGGAAAAAUAGUGCUGAUAAUAAUCGGAGACGUCGAGUUAACGGGAAAUAUGUUUGGCAUAAUUAUAUCGAACGAGUCAACGGGAUAUAUGUUUGGCAACAUUAUAUCGAAGGUGGACCACUAGGAGGACGGCAUGCGGCUGUUAUUCCUGCCCUUCCGGAGGAGUACGAAAGUAAACAUCGUUCAGCUGGGACCGGUCAUCCGUCCCGGAAUGCUAGUGGAAUCGUAGAAGGCGGUUCUGUUUCAGGACAACCAAAGGGUGACCCUCCCGUCUCCGACUUUGCUUCUGCACCCAGUCCCAAUGGGACUGGCACAGCUUCUACCAUGGUUACCUCUCCUUCUGCUGGUCCAAGUGGCACAUCAAAAGGAACGGGGCUAUCAUAUUAUCCCCCGCAUGUCAUGGCACAGGCGGAAGUUCAAUCGCAGAGCCAAGGACACGGAUAUCCGCAUACAGCUCAUUUGUACUCGACUCGCUACUCCACUCACCAUGUAUUUCAACCAGCUUAUGCUCUAUCUCAACAACCUCAGCAUUUGCAACCUGUGAUGCCUCAUACGCAAUCUCAAGAGAAUGCUCAUGUACAGACGACGUUUGCGAGUUUGUUAAACUCUCUUACGAGGGAGCAGAGCGAAGCUAGCACUAUUGUCUCUGGUGUUUCUUCUGCUCUCCCUACUACUUCUGCUUCUUCUACCCCUUUUGUUGUUAGUGUCCCCACAACGCCUGCGUCGGACAAAGGACCGGCGUCUGCGCAGAGUUACGAAAAUAACGAAGACAGCAGCAAAGAAGGAAUAGGCGAGAACCACAAAGAAGGUGGGGAAGAUAAUGCUGGUUGUGCCGAAGAGAUGCAGAUCGACCCCAAAUUGGUCGAGAGGGUUGUGAAACCUGCAUUUGCAGGAUCGCAGCAGAACCAGUAUUAUGAAUCGGAUCAGCAACAACAGGCUCAGGUCAAGCUCGACCAACGUGGAAAUCCAGGGACUUCGUGAUUUAGGACGCGGUUCAUCCCCUCUUGCCUUCUUCCGCUAUUUAUCUUUGAAGAUGUAUCAUGGGUUUACUGUAGUUCAGACCUCUCGUAAUUAGCUUCUUAUACCCUUCCAUGUGUAAAUAUUCCCCC